GAUUUCGCUUCUGGCUCGGGCUCUCCGUUGCGAUUAUGACGGAGGGGUUUGAAGCUAGCCACGACGCUGAUGACGCGCCCCACCGAAAUAAAGGAGCUCGGGGUCUUGAAAUCAGGCGUGUCAAAGCCACAGCGCCACAGUGUGGCUGAGCGCUAACUUCCUGAUAUGCUACAGGGUAAGGCAGCACGACGAAUUCUCUUAAGGAAACAAACAAACAAUGGCCGAAUAUUGAAGAAAUUCCGAAGCUUGGCCAUGGAAAUUUGAGAAAUGUAUUGAAUUCUGCUUCAACCCGCGUCUUUAAAUAAUGCAAUUCCUCCCGCUUCUUGAUAAGUGGGAAAGCAUAAGAUGCUUAAGCUGAAACGGGCGUCAAACAAGAUCAACCUCUCAAACUAGCUGCUUACUUCUCACCAUAUGCAACCGGCAUAAAACUUCACCAUGGCCGAACUUGACCUUGACUCGACAUUCAUCCCCGCGCUACACAAACCCUCGGCAUUACUCCCCAUAGCAAAACAUCGCGAUAGCUUACUCUAUGUCGUCGAGACGUUCCCCGUCACCAUCGUCAUCGGCCAAACUGGUUCUGGCAAAAGCACACAGAUCCCCCAGUUCCUCGAACGGGCCGGAUGGUGCUCAGAUGGAAAGAUUAUUGGGGUGACGCAGCCGCGUCGCGUAGCCGCCACAACAGUUGCCCUGCGGGUUGCUGACGAAGUAGGGUGUGAGAUUGGCAAAGAAGUUGGAUAUUCCAUCCGCUUUGAGGAUGUCACUUCGUCUUCUACCCGCAUCAAGUUCUUGACUGACGCGCUUCUUAUUCGAGAGGCGUUGGCUGAUCCCCUAUUGAGCCGGUAUUCUGUCAUCAUGGUUGACGAGGCUCACGAGCGCUCCAUUAGCACUGAUAUCUUGCUUGGCCUGUUGAAAAAGAUUCGUAAGAAGCGGCCUGAGCUCCGAAUCAUUGUGAGCAGCGCGACUAUCCAGGCCGAGGAGUUUUUUGACUUUUUUACAAAAGGAUCAGGGCAAGAAACAAAAAAAGAACAACCUGGCGAGUCGUCAAAUGAUGCUGUUACGAUUGUAAGCCUCGAGGGACGAACAUAUCCCAUUGAUACUCUAUAUCUAGAGUCUCCGGCGGAAGACUAUGUCGAGAAGGCGGUGAAUACAGUUUUCGACAUCCACACACAAGAGGGUGAAGGCGAUAUCCUGGUCUUCUUGACGGGCCGUGAGGAGAUUGACAACGCUAUCCAAGCUGUAGCCGAGAGAGCCACCCAGCUGGAUGGCCGACACGGGCCUCUGCAGCCACUGCCGCUUUAUGCCGGGCUGUCAACGGAGCAGCAAAUGUACGUGUUUGAUAAGCCGCCGGAGGGGACACGGAAGGUUGUCUUUUCGACAAAUAUCGCCGAGGCCUCGGUCACAAUUGACGGCAUAGUCCAUGUCAUAGACUGUGGUUUCGUCAAGCUACGGGCCUAUAACCCGAAAACGGGCAUAGAGACGCUCACAACCACGCCUAUAUCAAAAGCAUCUGCCUCUCAACGAGCAGGGCGUGCAGGUCGUACAAAGCCCGGGAAAUGCUACCGCCUUUACACUGAAGAUGCUUACCAGACGCUACCGGAAACCAACCCUCCGGAAAUACAGAGGUCGAACCUAGCAUCAACUAUCCUGCAGCUGAAGGCCCUUGGCAUCGACAAUGUGGUUCGAUUUGAUUUCCUAUCUGCGCCGCCAUCGGAGCUCAUGUCAAAAGCACUCGAGUUGCUCUACUCGCUGGGUGCUCUAGACGACUAUGCAAAAUUAACCCAACCGCUUGGAUCCCGCAUGGCCGAGCUAGCAGUUGAGCCAAUGAUGGCGAAAACCCUCCUAUCAGCGCCGCAGUUUAACUGUCUAAGCGAAAUGCUGACCAUUGCUGCCAUGACAAGCCUUGGAGGGAACGUGUGGUUCUACCAUGACGGCGAGCAGAAGAAGAUGGAAUCUUCCAGGCGUAAAUUCGCCGUGGAAGAAGGAGAUCAUUUGACGCUGCUCAACGUCUACCAGACGUUCAUCACAAAGGGCAAGAAGGAGGCCAAAUUCUGCCACGAGCAUAAUCUCAACUACAAAUCGAUGACUAGGGCAAUCAGCAUCCGAGCACAACUCAAACGCUAUCUUGAGCGAUUCAAUAUCAAGGUGGAUGAGACGCUCUCAUCUAAACAGGAUCAGGGCAACAAGGCAGAGCACAUUAGACGCUGCCUCACGUCUGGCUAUUUUGCCCACGCAGCACGCAUGCAACCUGAUGGAACAUAUCGAAACGUUGAGGGCGGCACAGUCUUGCACGCACACCCCAAUUCUCUCAUGUUUAAUCGUAAAGCUGAUUGGGUCGUAUUUCAUGAAAUUAUGGAAACGGGGGAGAAGACAUAUAUCCGCGACAUUACGAAGAUUGAGAAGAAUUGGUUGGUUGAAUAUGCCCCGGAGUUUUAUAAGCUUUCACACACAACGGCUCAACCUUGAUUGCGCACUUUACAGAUGGUUCACAUGGGAUUUGUGCACCAUACGGAAGAGACCGCACAAGCAUAAUGUUGUUGCACAAACUCAACUAUUCAGGCACACAAGCAUAUCUACUUGAUACUUGUGCGUGAAUCGGUCAGUAUCACGCAGAACGAUCCGGCUUUGGACCCAGAUUGUUGCCGCAGCUGCCGGCCCUGGGCAGCUCUAUGGAUCGUUCUGGAAUGCCCCUUUUGCACCUGCCGCUCAGACGGAAAAGGAUUGCUAGUGCCGUGGUAUACCCAUACCGUUAGGUCUUGUCAGUAGUAAUGCUUGGGAUAUUGCUGUUGGGUAGAGUACAUUGAUAUUAGUGGGAAUAGCCGAAAGUGAAUAGAAUCUAAGCCUUGGCCCAUUGCUCCACGAUGUAGGUUAGUGUUGGCCAAGCAAGCUUUUCACGCUUCUCGAAGCUCUCCGUAGGACAAUAAUAGUAGCAAUAAUAGCAACUGAUCGGUGGGCACCCAUUU